GAGCAGCGUCACAUCACUGAGGUACCCGGGGUGACCAGAGGAACCCUGUCCUCUGAGCAUCGUCUCUGUAGUCAGGAUGAAUGCUAAUGUAACCACAGAGAGAGGACAGUUCGGGGGGAUACGGUGCCGGUCCAGCGCUGACACACAUAUGUGAAGCCCAAAAACCGCAUUUUCGGGGUGACCGCGGACAAAUCCCGUUAACAGGCGUCAACACCUCCAGCUCAACUCGCCGGGCGAUGGACGUCCGCCGUUAAAGGGUCGGUGCUGGACCGGACUUUGUCGGAAUUUCGCCAAAAUUACGACGGGAAUCAAGUAUAGCUCCCUGUCUCCCGGCAACGGGAGAGACCACCGGCCGCUCGUGAUGUCUCGUGCCAAGGAGCGGCUGAAAGGCGGGAAUGAGACCAAGGACAGCGUCACUCUGCUGCCGUGCUUUUAUUUUGUAGAGCUUCCUAUCCUGGCCUCCUCUGUUGUCAGUCUUUAUUUCCUGGAGCUGACAGAUAUUUUCCAGCCGGUGCAUUCUGGAUACAGUUGUAGUGACCGCAGUCUGUCUCUGCCCUACAUCCUGCCCCGACAGGAAGUCUGCCCACUGCCUCUGCUCUUCAGCUUGGCCUUCGCCGCUCCCACCGCCACUAUUCUUAUAGGAGAGGCCAUUCUGUACUGCUAUCUCUCCAGGAGGUCAUCAGCCACACAGACUGAGGCCAACAUCAACGCUGCAGGCUGUAAUUUCAACUCCUACAUCCGCAGGGCUGUACGCUUCAUAGGAGUCCAUAUCUUUGGCCUUUGUGUAACAGCACUGAUAACGGAUAUCCUCCAGCUGUCCACUGGUCAGCACACCCCCUACUGGUUGGAUGUGUGCAAACCCAACUUGACCCACAUCAACAUGUCCACCUGUGAUGAAGCUUUUAUUCUGGAGGAUAUCUGCUCUGGACAGGACAGCGGGCUCAUCAAUGCUGGGAGGGCAGGCAGCUGUUGCUCAGAGUGGUCACAGAGUGCGCUGCAGGUUGGGACUGCGGGGCUGCUGGGUGUGUAUGCAGUGGGGAAUUUCCAGCCCAGUGAGGAUCGGUCCAGAAGUCGAGCACCUACCCCGAUCCUGAGAGAGCCCCCCCUCACCUCCCUGCCCAAUGUUAGCCAAUCAGCGCUUAGCAACAGUCACCAAGGUCACCACACUCUGGCUCCCAGCCAACCAGAGCCCAUCAUCACACGGACCUCCUCCCACACCCUGUCCCCCAACCAACCAGAGCCCAUCUUGACGCGAAGUGCCUCCUACCGAGAGCCAUCUCUAUCCAAUCUGAAGAGAGCCAGCGCUGAGGUGGAGGUGAUAACUCCAUCCAGUCCCCUGGGAAACCACGAAAACAUGAUGACCUUCAGCAGCAGCACACUGCCAAGGUCCCAUGGAGGCUCCUCAUUGGAGGAGGGUCGCAUACCCCGCCGUCACGCCUCCAUUCAUGCAUCAAUGGACUCAACCCGGUCCAAACAGCUGCUCAGCCAAUGGAAGAAUAAAAACGACAACAGGAAGCUAUCCCUGCAGGUGAUGGAUGGAAUACGACCAGCAUCAUCCUCAUCUCCUCAGAGGAACAUGGAACUACGCUGCUCCUCUGAACCUUCUGCUAUGGGCCUGGAGGCAGAGCUGCGUGGUGGGCCACACCUGCCUCAACUUAUCUCAUGUCAGGAAACAGAGUUGCGUGCAGGGGCCCACAUCCCGGCUCAGUACAUGAAACUGGCAGCGAGCUCUGUUCCUAUGACCAAUCAUAAUCACUUGAGCCAUAAUGGCAGCACCGGAUUGUCUGGUGGGGCCAGAGUGUCUAUCCAGUCCCGGCCUGGAUCUUCCCAGCUGGUUCACAUUCCUGAGGAGGAAAACCUCACCAGCAAGGAUCAGGAGAGUGAAUCAGAGGACAGCAUUAUGGAUGGGGGUGGGUCUGUGAGGGAAAAGUGGCUGAGAGUGGCUGAAAAGACCACCAUCCCCUGCAGACCACUCAGUGCUGGAGGACAGCCUCGUCUUAUGCAGGUGAUAGCCUUAUCCAAACAGCAGGGUCUGCUUCACUCCCCUCGGUCGGAGGAUGGUGGCAGCACUGUCAGCUGUACCGGAUCCAUUCGGUACCGAGCCUUGACAGACCAGGACCCAUCACCACCAGCCUCCACUACCGGAGCAGUGGGUGGAGGAGGAGGAGGUUUGGAAAGAAGUGGCAGUAUAGUUCGUGUUGAAGCCCACCCAGAGUCCAGAUCAAACAAACCUAUAGUGAAACCUCCAAGCACCGAUGGAAGUGGCUCCUGGCGAUGGAAACCGCCAGAACAACGAGCUUCACUCCGACAGUCAGCUUUCGCCCUCAAUGACCUGAACAGACACACAGACAGCUGUGAUUCGCUGAGGGAUGGAGGGUCCGUGGAUGGGCGGAGGAGCGUGACAGGAACCGAAACGGAGAGUGAAAGUGGAGGAGAUGGAGGAGGAGGAGGAAUGGGAGGAGGUGGCGGAGGAGGCAUAUACACAAACCAUCCACAUGUUGUACACCCUUUACAUCCCUUACAUCCCAAUAACCCUAACAACUUCCAGCACCUCAAUUUCAACCCCAACAACCCCAACUUUAAUAAUGCCCACUUCAAUCCCAACUCUGCCAACUUCAACCCCAACUCUGUUAACUUCAAUCCCAACUGUACCAACUCCAACAUGCCAUUCACCCCCACUGCCACCUUUGCCCCUCCAUUCCACCCCCACCCUCAGGCCAUCACCACCAUCAGGGUCACCCCAGUGGAGGGGACAGCUGCAAGUAGCGAUGGUGGCUCAGACAGCCAGUCGGCUGCCUCAUCCAGCCGAGAGUCCACUCUGAGGAGGAAGAGUGGCUCCCACAUCGCCCAGGUCCCUGAACGAGGGCCCACCCCCGACCUCCAGAAUAAUCACCGCCUCUGUGACGACAGUAACCGCCUCGAUAACGAAAGCAGCAACCGUUUCCAUGAAAACCUUCGAAGUUUUCAAGAAAAUCCCAUCCACCCCCUCCAUCCAAACCACCCCAACAGGCAGAUGCAGGGUGUGUUUGGCCGUCCCAGCCCAACCCCUCCCCCUACUUUACCCCGCCCUGUCCUGACUCACACUCCGCCUCCCACUAUGGGGUUGGCCUAUAAGGAGUGACACAUCCAUCUUUACCUGUGAUUAAACCACUUGACCAGUACACAUUUUCAACGCAGAUGCUGCAAAUAUGGGAAAUUUGGGUAAAUCUGUCCACCUCCUGGGGUCAGCCAAUACAGAAUUAAAAAAAAAUUAGUCCCACCCACAUCCCAUCUGGCCAUUUAGGCUCAAUAUGUGGCCAAUUGUGUCUGGCAGCAUCUCAUCCAGUUUAGUACCCACACACAUAAAUGUUAUGUCUUACUAUGAGACUAUACAGGCUCAUUAAAACCUAUUAGCAAGAGGGUCACAGUCCUCUUCGGGUCAAAAGCCAUAGAAAAUACCAACAUAAUUAGCCCUGCCCACAAUCUCCAACUGGCCAAUAAGAAAGGACUA